AAAUCUGAGGCUAGAUUGUUCUUAAUUUGUUCUUAAAUUAAGAGGGUGUAAGCAGUGCUAUUGCUAGCGUUCCGCUCUACGGAGGUGUUCAGGCCUCAUUUGCCAACAAAGUGAGUGAGACAGCCUUAAUUUGCUGACAAAUUUAAAUAUUCACCGAAAAAGCACCCACACAUCGCUAAAAAUCUUCGAUUUUGAGAAAAACGUUGUUCAAAAUUGCAUUUUGCAGAAGCUCAGCCUUAGCUUGUUCUUAAUUUGUUCUUAACUUUGACCAGUUUUGAGCCUCGUGUUCUUAUAAAAUUGUUCUUAUAAAAAAAGAGUGUAGUGGUUGAAAUCGAAUUUACACCAUUGUGAUAUGAUUUCUGCUAUUGAUGGAAUAUUGACUUCCUUAUUUGCUUCUACAGGCAAUGGUGGAGAUUGAAUUACCACAAUCGAUGCUAACCCCCCCGAUCAUUUGGUUAUCCAAAGAAAGCCCUGCAUAGAAAUAAGAAUUGCUCAAUUACCAUAUGAAAACAGUCUUUUUAAGACAAAGGAUCUGCAUAAGAGGAGAACGUGAAAAAUGCUGGCUUAAUCACAACAUAGCAUUAAUCGGCCUCAAUAUAAGUUUGGAUUUUGCCUUUAAUAUUAUAUGAAUUUUCAUAAUAUUUCUUGGUAAUAGAUCCAUGGGGAUCGAAUUGUUCGCAACGCAGUCCACCCGGCGGCCAAUUCGAUAUGUUUCCCUACAACAGGGCAACAAAUCGCGGACUCAAGCGAAGUAGACGAAAAACGAAGAUGGAAGAACAGAACUUAGUUAAGCCUGAAAUGGAAGAAACUGUGGAAGUAGACGAAGACAUUACCUGGGAUUACACAGAAUAUAAGCUAACAUAUGUCUUAGAUAACUUUAAAUUGCCGCAAAUCGUACGAGUCGUUGAGGGCUUUAUGUUUACCGAGGAUGAUAGUCUUGCAAGCGGAACUGUCCUAACCAUUCACGGGCAACAAAAAGUUGAACAAAUCUGUGCAGUUGAUCGAAAUGGCCAGGGUGCUGAGAUUUAUAUACCACUGAGCUGUCCAUAUAAAGUCAAGGUUACGGUUCCAGAUAGAGCCAACAUUUAUAAAUCGGUAAAGGAUCUUUGUAACGCAACACCUCUUCCAAAAUGCUGUAUAGUGAACGAGAAAAUCUCAGUUGCUGGUGUAAAGAUCCCUUCUGGAAGGAUGUUGAUAAUAAAAUCUAUAAGUAAAAAUCGCAAUGACCAGGCCGAAGGAAUUUCAGUUGAGUUGUUGGACAACACGACGAGAAACCUCGUUCUGCCCCUGAAGAUUAUUGGCAAUUUCGCACCCUGUCCGUUGCCUUCAGACCAAAAUAGGACGUAUUUUGUACGAGAGCUCAGUCAGCGCCCGUUUCCUUUAUGGGUCAAUUUCUUGUCUACAUUUGAGAAAAACCCCUCAUACGGGCCCCAUAUGGGCGUCGUCAAAUUCAUGAAGCUUCAAACGACAGACGUUGUAUUUUCCACCAGUACCAUCGACGGGGAAAAGUUUGCUAUUUCGUUUUCUCGCGAUUUGCCGGUCACCGUUGAGAUGGCACGAGACGCGUUGCUCGCAACGUCGCCGUACUCAAACAAAUGCAGAAUUGCCGGAGAGCAGGUUGAUAUCGACGUACUCAGUCAUCUAACAGACGCUAACCCUUAUUCUGAUAAAUAUCAAAGUGCAAUCUAUGCCGACAUGUUUGCACUAAGAAAAUCAUUUGUACAGAGAAGGGUAAAUGAAGAUUCGAUUGACUCGUUUGAGAGUUUGCAGUCAGACACAUCAUACAGCGAAGAUAGAUCGUCAACGAGAUAUGUUAUGGAUAAGUCAUUCCACGUUAACGGAUCAAUUGGGUCGUCAUUCGGCGCAGACAGUCAUUCUGUUGGUUCCCAAUCCAACCAAUCAAUUGGCAGUAGCAGUGACCUACGUCACCAAAUAGAUGAGUACGUUUCUCCUCAGUAUGUAUAUGUUCUGAGUGAAGCAAACAAAAACAAAUCUGAUGAUGAAGAUUUACUAGAGGACGAAGAAGGCUACACAAUAAUUGCUGAGCGUAUGGACAGCACAUCUGCUCCAAUAAAGCAAUCGAGAACACGUGAUAGUGGCAAAGUCCGACCCUACCUCGAAGUUGACAUUAUAAAGCCAAGUCCUACUCAAGUGCUUUCUGAUACUUUAGAAAGGGUUAAACCCCCACCCAUCCAUCCCCAAACCCGAGCCCUCCCAUCUCCACCAAGUCCUACUCAAGUGCUUUCUGAUACUUUAGAAAGGGUUAAACCCCCACCCAUCCAUCCCCAAACCCGAGCCCUCCCAUCUCCACCCAAUAAAGGCCGUCUGUCGAAAUCAACGUCAUCAGCACAGGAAGCAGAGCCAUAUUCGAGCAGAAAAUCAUUAGAUAGGACAUUUUCCGAUGGAUUUGCAGCUAACAUGCCAGAUCAGGAAACGUGGUAUGAUAUGCCUAGGCGUCACCAUCCCGAAACUUUAUCGGUAUGCAGCAAUAACUCUGAAAAAUCAGAUUGUGAGUCAAUAGCAUCUGAAUACUUGUCAGUUAUGUCUGAGCCAGGGCUUACUUCAAAGGCCAAGGAAGACUUGGAUCCAGUCCACUCACAAAAAAAGCCCUGCCCGCCGAAAAAGCCAGAACGACCAAAGGGACCCCCUAGGCCAAUUCCGAGAACGUCAUCAAAGAAAGUCCACAUUCAAGAGAAUUUGAGCCAAUCUCAAGAUCAGAAGAAAGAGGGUGAAAUGUCAAUAACUUCUUCUGCCUUUUUGCCUUCUGGUAAAGACAUAACGACCAAAAAGGAUGCUGUGAUAGACGAUAAGGCUCCUUUACCGAUAACGACUACUUUGGGCAGUUCUGAAGCUGCAGUAUGCAUUGAAAUUCAAGAUGGAGAGGAAGAUACUUUUUUGGAUGUAGCGAAGAGUAAAAUUGUCUCUCGAGAAAAUAAACGAACUUACAGUGGAUAUUAUCUGACCAAAAAAGACAUUGUUGAAGUACAAGAGAGCAAGACAGAAAUUGAAGUGGAUUCUGAUAGACAGAAAUCUGACCAAAACGUAGUAGAUGAUGAUGAUGCAUCGACGAAGCAGGAAAGUAAAGAACAGAUUUCACGGAAAUUUUCAGUUGUUGAGGCUUGUGAAGAUGAUGUCGGUAAUAUGUUGGACGAAAUACAGUUGUCAGAUUUUAAAGAAGUAUUUAAGGAUGAGCAAAUCAAUGGUGCACUUUUAGAAGGACUUGACAUUGAGACAUUAAAUGAACUUGGCCUAGAUCGAUUUCAAGCUGUAAAGCUUCUCGAUUACGUCAAAGGAUGGCGGCCGAACGAGGACUGUGGCGGUGACUCGGACAACCCUGAUUCGUGGACAAUAGAAGACGUUUUUAAGCGGCUACAGAAGAUAAAUCUGAAACUCUUGGCAGAUUUUUGUGCACAGAACCAGGUUGAUGGAAAACUAUUGCAAAGUUUGAUCGACAGUCAUUCGUUAGAAUGUUUGACAAACACAUACAGUGUUGGACUGAACAAAUUCAACACCAAUAAACUCAUUAGAUACGUGAAGCAGGGAUGGAGGCCCGACACAAGUAAAUAA